AUGGCCAAGGAAUCCAAGGGUACCAAGCGUUCUACCAUCCACGACGUUGUCGCUCGUGAGUACACCAUUCACUUGCACAAGCACGUCCACGGCAGAUCCUUCAAGAAGCGUGCUCCCCACGCCAUCAAGGCCAUCAAGGCCUUCGCCCAGAAGACCAUGGGCACCUCGGAUGUCCGUGUCGACCCCAGCUUGAACAAGCAGAUCUGGUCCAAGGGUAUCAAGACCGUCCAGCACCGCAUCCGCGUCCGCUUGUCCCGCAAGCGUAACGAUGAUGAGGAGGCCAAGGAGAAGUUGUACACCUACGUCUCCUACGUUCCCGUCACCUCCUUCAAGGGCCUCGAGACCCAGGUCUGCGACGAGUAA